AUGUCGGAACCAGAAUCUCUGGUGGCAAAUAACGACGGAGAAAGUACCCAAGCUCCUCAAUUAGCAGAAUUAACUUUGAAAAAUGUUCUUGGAGAUAUUGUAAAUGGAGUUCACUUCAUAAUCUUUGACCCUUUAGGUAAUAGAUUCGUGGUACCAGUGAUCAUUCUCCUUACUUCAAUUAUCACAAAAGUUAUCAUCACCAAAGUUCCAUACACUGAAAUCGACUUUGUCACCUAUAUGCAACAGAUCCAGUUGGUCAACCAGGGUGAAAUUGAUUACGCCGAAAUAUCGGGUGAUACUGGACCUAUAGUGUACCCAGCUGGGUUUGUCCAGAUCUACCAAUGGUUAUAUUCUCAAACCAAUGGUGGAGCCGAUAUUGCUACUGGACAGUCUAUUUUUGGCUACUUGAUGACUGCCACAGUUGUUUUUGUAUGUGUAGCCUAUACAAUGAGUCCGACUACGAAGCCAUGGGUAUUAUUCCUUUUGCUAGGAAGUAAGAGGUUGUAUUCCAUUUACGUUUUGAGACUAUUUAACGAUUGCUUCACAACAGCAGCUAUGGUUGGUGUUACAGUCUUCUUGCAACAGGGAUCGUACUGGUACUCUACCAGCUCGUUUAUAAGCUUCCUUUUCGCUAUUGUAGGUGCUGAUUUGUUCAGUAUUGCUAUCUCCAUUAAGAUGAAUGCCUUAUUGUAUCUUCCUGCCGUGGUAAUAAUUGCUUACUUCUUGGUGGGUGAGAAUAUCUUAUUGUUUGCUAUUGUGCUUGCUAUCGUGCCUUUAGUUCAAAUUCUUGUCGGAUGGAAGUUCUUGUUGCCAUUGUUUGAUGAUGAAGCAGCCAGCCAGAUCAGAUGGAACUAUAUCAACAACGCGUUCAACUUCGGGAGAAAGUUUUUGUUCAAAUGGACCGUGAAUUGGAGGUUUAUCGGUGAAGAGACUUUCUUGAGCGAUAAAUUCUCUAUUCUCUUGAUGGGUGGACAUAUUGUAGUUUUGUUGUUUUUCAUCUUUACGAGAUUCUUGAACUCAAAGGUGACGGGUAAAUCCAUCUGGCAGUUAAUCAAAGAUGCUUUCAAGCCCUCUUCAACUAUCAGUUCCAACAAUAAGUUGAUUGACUACAAUGUCGGUCCAAAAUUGAUCUUGUUGAUCUUGGCGACUACAAAUGUUAUUGGAGUGUUAUUUUCUAGAUCGCUUCACUACCAAUUUUUAUCGUGGUACUGUUGGCAACUCCCUUUCUUGUUGCAUCUGACCGGAUGGAACUUUAUAGUCUGUUUGGUGUUGUGGGGAGCACAUGAAUGGACCUGGAACGUAUAUCCAUCCACGGUAGCGAGCUCUCUAGUUUUGGUAGGCAUUUUGUCUUCGGUUCUUGUUGGAACGUGGAGAAACGAAGCCGUAUGGUUUGAAGAGAAUAAUGUUGUUGAUGAUGAGAAGAAAAAUGAAUAG